GCUUUCUGCUUAAUGGAGGGACCUUAAAAUCCUCUCUCUCUCUCUCUCUCAAAUUAUAUUUCUCUCUCCUCAUCUAGUUUCUUCUGCGCUUAAUUGGACUUCUUCCUUCGAAGAUUAUUGUUGUCAAUCCGAUCUUCGUUUCUCCGGUGUUGUUUGACUGAUAAUUUUCCAUCGAUUUUAGAUUAACAAGAAAUCUAGAAGUCUUGGAUCUGAUGUCUCCGCCGCUCUUAGGUGUUGAAGGGGAUGGACAGGGAACCGUCUCCUUACUGAAUUCAGCUUCCUCUAUGGAAUCGAUUUUUCAAAAGAGCCCUGGAUUAACGGAGCGAAAUUAUCUGGGAUUAUCAGACUGUUCCUCGGUGGAUAGCUCUGCUGUUUCCAGCAUCUCAGAGGUGAAAAGAAACAAUCUAAACCUUAAAGCUACUGAAUUGAGGCUUGGUCUUCCAGGAUCUCAAUCCCCUGAGCGGGACCCAGAAGUUAAUCUGGCAACCUCUGAGAGUCUUGAUGAGAAACCCUUAUUUCCGUUGCUUCCUUCCAAGGAUGGAAUUUGCUCAGCUUCACAGAAAAUUGUUGUUUCUGGAAAUAAACGAGGAUUCUCCGACACCAUUGAUGGUUACUCAGAAACCAAAGGGUUUUCUGAAGGGAAUUGGAUGUUUGGUUCGUCUGGGACCGAUUCUGAUGCUUCAAAAUCUUUGGUCCAAGGAAAAUUUGCUAGCAAUGCAAAUGUAAAUGGUAUGAUAUCAUCAGGAGCUCAGCCUGCUUCUAUUAAAGAUGCAACAUCUAAGAUGGCACCGGAACAAGCUCAUGCAACAUAUGGGACUAGUCUUAACAAAGUGAACAGUUCUAAUCCUCCUGCUGCCAAGGCACAGGUAGUUGGUUGGCCUCCAGUUAGAUCUUUUCGCAAGAACAUCCUUGCUACAAAUUCAAAGAACAAUGACGAAGUGGAUGGAAAACCUGGUCCUGGUGCUCUAUUUGUCAAGGUUAGCAUGGAUGGGGCUCCUUAUCUGAGGAAAGUUGAUCUAAGGAGUUACACCACUUACCAAGAACUUUCGUUAGCCCUAGAGAAAAUGUUUAGCUGUUUCACUAUUGGUCAGUGCGGAUCACAAGGUGCUCCAGGAAGGGAAAGUCUCAGUGAGAGCAAGUUGAGGGAUCUCUUGCAUGGUUCAGAGUAUGUGCUUACAUAUGAGGAUAAGGAUGGUGACUGGAUGCUCGUUGGAGAUGUUCCCUGGGAUAUGUUUAUCGGUUCUUGCAAGAGGCUGAAAAUUAUGAAGGGCUCUGAUGCUAUUGGUUUAGCUCCAAGGGCCAUGGAAAAAUCAAAGAACCGAAAUUAGCUUCUUGUGGCAGAGGAAAAUAACUGCAUAGUUCUCCGGAAACCAACCGACCGACUUGCAGUUAGGUUUUGCUGCCUUGUUGUUAUGUUUUGAUAUGGGAAAGAAGUCUAUGAAAUGAAAUAGUAAGUAAGAGAAAAAUGUCUGGCUGCAAGUUUCUACUUCUAAUAUAUGUUGGUUAUAGGAAACCCCCUUUGUUUUCAACAACUACUGCUCUUUUUCUUUGUAUUUGAUGGAUGUGUGUGAUUUGAGAACCAUUGUCUUCUUGUAGUCAAGUAAUGAUGAUAUUAUUGUCUUGUAUGAA